AUGGACAGUAAUGAGCAAGAAUUCUUUGAAAAGCAGGGCAUAUACUAUGUUGAUACCAUUGCAAAAGGCGGCUAUGGUAUUAUCUAUUAUGUUUAUUCCAAGAAUUAUGACGAUUACUUUGCAUUAAAAAAGAUUCAGCAAAAACAUUUUAAUCCCAACGAAAUUAACUGCUUAAUUUCUAUUAAUAAUCCACUAACAAUUAACCUUUAUCAGUGUUUCAGGUUUCAAGGAUAUGUCUACAUGCUUAUGGAGUUCUGUCAAGAAGAUCUCAAUCAAUUUAUUAUUGAUCAAGUUGAAAUUAGCCCAGAACUCUUACAAAAAUAUAUUCAUGGAAUGUUACUCGCUAUUAAAGCUUGCCACGACAGAAAUAUCGCUCAUCUUGAUAUCAAGCCAUCCAAUUUUUUAUUAGAUAAGCAGGGACGCGUUAAGGUGUGUGAUUUUGGCCUUUCCUGCCAGUUUAAUCAGGAUGAAAAUACUUCCGAACAUAAAGGAACACUCUACUUUAUGGCCCCUGAAGUUUUAGAAAGGAAAGAAUACAAUCCGAAGAAGGCAGACAUUUGGUCCCUUGGCGUUACAUUCUAUUACAUGUAUGCAAGGUGCUACCCAUAUAUGGGCAAGGACAGAACAACAAUGCUAAAUGCGAUUAAUGAAAAUCAGUUGGCAAAGUACAAGAUCCAUGAUAGAAAUCUCAGGAACAUGGUCGUUAAGUGCCUGAACCUGAACCCUAAUAAUCGUCCAUCAAUCGAUGAACUCCUCCAAAUGGAAUAUUUUGAUACUCUUUCUGCUGGAAUUAAGCUCCAGAAGAACAACAGAGUUAAUGUAAGAAGCCACAAUGCAAUCAUAAUUAAGCCUGAAGCGAAGAUGUUUUCCGAUUCAAUGUUCAAAAAUUGUAAUAAUUUGAUAUUUAAGCGUAGAAUGUCAAAAUAA